GGCCUUUUCACUCUACCACAACAACCAUAUGCAAAGAAAAGACGAAUAGACACUUUAGUAAACACCUUACUCCCGUCUCUUCUUCGCAACAAUAUUGAAUGAAAAUCUUUAUUGCCUCAGUAACGAAUAAAUAAUUCUAUUCACCCAAAAACCCUUCUCAACUCUCUCUUUCUUGGCUACCUCACCAUCAAUCAAAACACAAAAUCUUUCUCAAACUCAGACCCGCAUUUUGAUGCCGGAGACAAUAGCACUUGCAAUAAUCUUCGAGAUAGCAAUUCUUGGGACAAUCUUCGUCGCGCGAUUUCUACUACGCUUCAUUCAAUACAACGAAGCUUUAUGAGAAAUCUUUUUCAUCCUCUUGCUUUUGGCAAUAACAGGUGUUAUCUCAUCUUCGAUCUUCCAUCUCAACUAAUAACCAAAAUUGAAAUCGAAGAAAACAACCACCUGAAUAAAACUCUGCAGCAACCAACAUGCCACCACCAUCACCAACUCCCACCCAGCCUGCCCUUACCAGUGCUCUCGCAAAACCAAAAACAAAGGGUAAAAUCCACGUCUCCUUUACAGGCUGGGUUCUGGGUGGCUCACUCCUCUCCAUCAAUUCUCCCAAUCCGGAUACUGUUGUUCCUGCAGCCACGCGCCAGAGAACUGAUAGUCGUAUCAGAGCAACAGCUACGAAGGAUAAAAAUGGGAGAAAUAUUGUUAUUCUGGAGGAUCGCGAACAAGAUGGAAUGGUGGGAGAAGUGGAAAUGCUGGUUGUGAGGAAAGUCAGCAAGAAAAACGGGCAUGGGCGAAGCAGGAGUGCGAGUGUUAAGGCGAAGAUUUCAGAGGAAGUAUUGGAGACGGUUGUGGAGGAGGGUAAGGCGGAGAAGAAGGCAGAAAACAAGGAGGAAAUGAAGGAUGAGAAGAAGGCAGAAGUGGGUGAGGUUAAGAAGACCGAUGAUGGUGAUAAGGGUGAGCAUGCAUUGACUUUGCAGAAAGAUGGAGAGGGCAAAGAAGAGGUGGUGAAGGCGGUCGAGGAGAAGGCUGAGGAGUCGAAACCAAAGGGUGAAGAGCCCAAAGCUGAUGUUAUCAUCGCAAUAGCUGCCGUCCCAAGCACCGAAGAUAAAGAUAAAGACAAGAAACCCGAACCGGAAGUCAUUAUUAUCGAGGUCGAAGUUAAUGAAAAGGAAGACAAGGACAAGGGUAAGGAUGAAAAGAAAGGUAAAGAUGUCAAAAAAACAUCCAAAGACACAGCUUCAAAAGAGAAGACCCCUUCUAUUUCCGAUAAACCUACCGAAAAGGCUACCGAAGAAUCUAUCGAGGUUAAAGAAGACAAAAAAGAUGAGAAGGUAGAACCUGUCGACGGGAAUGAAUGGACCAAAGAACAAGACUCCAAACUCAUGGCCAUGAAGAAGGAAAACAAGACCUGGAAGGAAAUUUCUGGGGAAUUGGGGACCGGCAAAAAAGAAGUGGUAGCAAGAUACAAACUGUUGCAAGAACAAGAAAAGACCGAGGACAAAGGGGAAGAGGCACAGGCAGAAGAAAAGCCCAAGCAGGUCGAGAAGAACAAGAAGACCAAGUGUACCGCACCAGCCGACAACGAAGAUACGGAAGAGGAAAUCUACAUCUCACCAGAUUGUCCUUACCAUCAACCCAAAUCUAAGAGUUCCGCUGCAUCUGUUCCAAAACAAGAAAAGAAAAAGAAGCGUAAGUCUUAUGGAGAACUUGACAAAGAUAGAGAUGAUGAGGAUGAAGAACAGGAAGAGCGUGGCCAGAAAAAUGGUCAUGGAAAUCCGCAGGGACAUCUUCGACCGGAUAAAAUAUGGUCAGCGGAAGAUUGCGAAACUUUGGAGUACCUGAUGGAGAAGCAUAGGAGUACUCAAUGGUUGCAAUUGCAAGCUGGGUUCUUUAAUUAUACUGGAAGAAUGAUCAAGGCUGAACUUAUUGAGCGAAAGUUCAAGAAGGACGGACUUGCUUAAUUGGGGGGUGGUUGGUAGGCAAAUUCUCAGACGGAGAUGAGAGAAGGUUGAUCUUGAUUGACUUUAUUUGGGUGAUUUGUUUUGGAGGGAAAUCAACGUUGAGAUUGGAAUGCGAGUUUUUGAUAUGUUUUCGCAUCAGCUAUUGGUUUUGAUGCCGUUUUCACAUAAGCCGGGGGUGAUAAUAGAAAGGAGAUGAUAACCGACUGCCUCAUUUCUAAAUACUGAGCAUAUGGGAUAUUGAAGAUCA